UUACUGCAUAACUGCAUGUUGACUAACGUAGCGUUAGAAAUGCUAACAUAUGACCGAUUGCAACAUUACUAGUCACAAGGCGAGCCGUUGCAAUAGCUUUUCAUGAAACGUGGAAUGUACUUCAACCGAUAUCUAAUUCCUCUGUGUCCGCUAGGAAAUUUACAGUUUGAACACUCGCUGAUCUCUUUUUUAGAUAGUUCUGUACAUUUGGCAGAUAUGCGCUAUUAUACAGCGCGUAUUUUUCAGUCACAGUGCAGAUGCAUCCUCGUAUAGUCAGCAAUCUAUUUUCGUAUUAUAGAUAUUCCAAAACUGUUGGGAAACCAAGGAUUUAAUUUUGGAUUUACAUUAACGAUAUUCAACCAACGGAUCAAAUUAAAGGAUCGUUACUGGUAAAGUCGAACCUGAGUACCUCCGAUAUAUAGUAAAAAAUGGGUGAUGUAUUACGGAGCCAACCUUCUUUGGAUAUUAAGCUAAAAAGCACAGAACUACAGUAUUUGGAAUUUAAGCGCUUUGACAUAACCGUUAAUGAAGAUGAAACAAAAGAAAACGCCCCUAAUUACGGUGAUCAAUCGGUCAUACUUGUGGAGGAACCCGAGGAAGAACAGAAGAAGUCUAUAACGCUUCGAGACAAACUCACACAUUCAGAAGAAACGGCAAAUCAUAUUCCGAUGUCCGCCUCUAUAGUUUCCGCCUUUGAGGGUAAUAAGUGCCAAACUGAGUUAAUCAAGCAGAAAUACAAGCUUGCAGAAAAGCUUGCUGAAAUUUCACCCGAUACCAAGAACGUCAUGAGGCAUUUGCAUCCAAAAUGUCCCGAGAAAAUUGAGGAGCUGAUAAUUUUUACCGAAUAUGAAGGUGACCUUUUGCCUUUAUCCGCUCUGAUAACAACGCGGCAGUUUCGUGUAUCGUUGGUUCCCCAAUUUACGUGUCAGAUUUUAGCCGGCUUGAGCGUGCUACACAAACACGGUAUAAUUCAUAAGGAUAUCCGUUGUUCCAACAUUUUGGUUCAAAAGCCGGUAAAGGAGGCGACAUACACGCUGAAGAUAGCACACUUUGAGAAAGCCUCAUUUGACAGUAACAAAUCCAGCCUUGGAGAACAUGAUAUUUGUCCAGAAGGUUCAUCGCAGUUUUCUUCACCGGAAAUGCAGGAGUUGACUUUCGAUAUAAAAGAUCAAUGCAACCGUAUCGGAACCGCAACGGAUGUAUACAGUCUUGGUUGCACCGUUAUUGAAAUGGUACAGCGCAGUCCACCACGCUGGAUCUACUAUAAAGAUGGACGGAUGAUGCAAUACAACUUUAAACCGGAACGCACUUUGACUGAGUUUGUUAUUAAUCUUCAUACAUUAUCGAUUAACCAAGCCGAACCUGAUACCAGCGCUUUAGGAAGCCAAGGAGACGCUGUAAAAUUCGUAAAGGCAUGUAUUGCCAGAUUUCCCGACGAAAGAUCUACGUGCGAGGAGCUGCAAAAGCAUGCUUUUAUUACCAAGCCGGAAAUGUAAUAUCUGUGAAGGGAAACCCAAAGGGCGGGUCUCCGUUUCUAAAGCCAAACUGGUUGCAGUAAUCAUAUCAUAAACACCUCUCGAAGCGGCAUCACGAACCGUUUUUAUUGGCGUGGCCGUGGCAUGCAGCAACUUCGUGCCAUUAACAACCCUACCGAAUCAUGCUUCGCGUUGAAAUUGAGACCAUUCAAAGUCUGGCGGGAGGCCGCACACACCUGGGUUCCUACAAAAACCGGGGUACAAAUUUUUCACAUCGAAUUUCGCAUUGGGUUUUCUUGUUUCGACAAACGUUUGGUAAAUCUUUUAACAUUUUGUUCAAUUUUAUAUUAGAAUUAGAAUUAUUUAGAAGAUAUUCCUGAAUUAUUUAUCCCAUUUUCAAAUUGUAUGAUUGUCCUUACCGUUUAGCGUACGUCGAAGACAAACGGCUAUUCUGUAACCGUUUGAUGCAAAGGUAGUGAUGAAAUUAUGAAUACUGUAGCUCUGUGAUUCUGCCGGCUUCGGCUUCCAGUUGUUGAUUGUACUAUACUGCUGAGAAUGAUCGAAUUAAAAAGCAUUAAUAACGCAGAAACCUGGU